UUUCUUGUCAAAUUACGCGUUUUUAAUUUAAUAAAUUGUAAUAAUUAUACGCGAAAUUUUAACAAGAAUUUACGUUAACCUAAAAUUUGAAACAACAACAUUUUGUUAAGCAUAAAAAUUCUGUGUUAUAUUUAAAGGAUUCGCAUAAAAAAGUUGUUAAAAAAUUCUUUUCGAUUAAGAAGAAUCAGAAGAAGAAUAAAAAGAAUAAGAAUUUAAAAAGAAAAAUAAGUGGUAGUAGCCAUACGGAAAAAGAAGAGAAAGAGAAGUGAAAAAAGUGUCUGUUUUCCGAAAAAGAAGAAUCGAAAGACAAGAAUAAAAAAGAAGGAAAUUAAUGCGUGGAAUUUUCGCCAGUAAUGUUUUGUGGUUUCUUGUUGGUAAUUGUUGGAGGCCAUGACAACGACGACAACAGCGUCCAAACAGCAUUAUUAAAAUAGACCUUAUUUUAGUUUUUACUCUUCUUGAUGUUGUUGUUGUUGUUUUAUUAAUCCAGACAACUUGCCACCAUUGUUUAUAACAGCAAAAAAAAAAAAAAAGUCUAGCAUUUAAAAGUCAACGUAUUUAACCUAACAGAUUUUCAAAUCUCGGAUUAGUUUACAUGUUUAAAUAAUAGCGUUCAAUUUUUUUUUUUUUUAAAGAAGAAACGCUUUAAGUACUUUCAAGACGUAACGAGUAAAUUAAUAACAGAGGAAAAGGGAGUAAAACGUUUAAAGUAACCCGGAGUAUAAAGUUCGUAAAGGGGAAAAGAACGAUUGCUGCCGCCAAAGUAAUAGAUAUUCAUAAUAAGGCAAUCGAAUGAAUAUGUGGAGCUCGGAAAUACGUCAACAGAAUGGUCAUACAGCGAAUAGUGCUGGUGGUGGCAAUGGGGCACGAAAUUCACAUUCACAAAAUAACCAACAGCAGCAGCAACAAGUCAAACAGUUAGGGAUGACGUCAGCUAUUAGUUUAGCGGGUCCAAAACCUGAAGAUUUACAAAAAACGGAAGAAUUACGCAAGGCUUUGGAACCGUAUAAGGUAUUCGAAAGUGAGGAGGAACUGAAUCAUCGCAUGGAAAUACUAGCCAAAUUAAAUACUCUUGUUAAGCAAUGGGUCAAAGAUGUAUCCAUAGCCAAAAAUAUGCCCGAAGCGGCUGCAGAGAAAUUGGGCGGCAAAAUUUAUACAUUCGGCUCAUAUCGUUUGGGCGUUCAUCAUAAAGGGGCUGAUAUUGAUGCUCUUUGCGUGGCGCCUCGUAACAUUGAACGUAGCGAUUAUUUUUCAUCGUUUUUUGAGCUUUUAAAGAAACAGUCCGAAGUAACGGAAUGCCGAGCCGUGGAAGAGGCCUUCGUACCGGUAAUCAAAAUGAAUUUCGAUGGCAUUGAAAUUGAUCUAUUGUUUGCCCGCCUAUCACUCAAAGAGAUACCUGAUGACUUCGAUUUGCGUGAUGAUAAUUUAUUAAAAAAUCUCGAUCCAAGAUCAGUGCGCAGUUUGAACGGUUGCCGGGUAACCGAUGAAAUAUUAUCAUUAGUACCGAAUAUCGAAAAUUUUCGCUUAGCUUUACGUUCUAUAAAACUAUGGGCGAAAAAACAUGGCAUUUAUUCCAAUUCGUUGGGUUAUUUUGGGGGUGUCACAUGGGCUAUGUUGGUGGCGCGUACGUGUCAACUGUACCCAAAUGCAACAGCUUCAACUUUGGUGCACAAAUUCUUUUUAGUUUUUUCGCGCUGGAAAUGGCCGCAUCCUGUGUUACUUAAACAUCCAGAUAAUGUUAAUUUACGAUUCCCGGUUUGGGAUCCGCGUGUUAAUGCCUCAGAUCGUUAUCAUUUAAUGCCGAUAAUAACGCCAGCGUAUCCUCAGCAAAAUUCCACUUUUAAUGUUUCCGAGUCCACCAAGAAGGUAAUAUUAGCUGAAUUCAAUCGAGGCAUGGCUACCACCGAUGAAAUUAUGUUAGGCCGAGCCACCUGGGAUAAAUUAUUUGAAGCGCCCAGUUUUUUUUAUAAAUAUCGUCAUUUUAUUGUUUUGCUGGUUAACUCGCAGACGGCUGACGACCAUCUGGAAUGGUGUGGCUUAGUUGAAUCGAAAGUACGCUUACUUAUCGGUAAUUUAGAACGUAAUCAACACAUUUCGUUGGCUCAUGUUAACCCCAAAUGUUUCGAGUAUAAAAAAGGCAGUAAUAACAAUAAUAGUAGUAGCAGUACACUCACUGUCAAUACAAUCGGUACUAAUAAUAAUAAUAACAACAGCAGCAGCAACAGCAACAACAACAAUAGCAGCAGUAACAACAACAACAGCAACAAUAACAAUAACAGCAGCAAUAGCAGUACUAACGACGAGGAGAAAAUUUCAGCCCCCGCACAGCAGCAGUCUUCGGUGUCUUGCUCACCUUUCUGUUCGAUGUGGUUUAUUGGCUUAGAAUUUGAACGUACUGAAAAUUUGAAUGUGGAUCUAACUGAAAGUAUACAGAAUUUUACAGAGCAUGUUAUACAACAUGGGGUGAGAGUUAACAUCAAAAUGUUAAAGGAGGGUAUGUCGAUAGAGGCGCGUCAUGUGAAACGUAAACAAUUGUCCCAGUAUUUGGACGGAGAUUUUUUGAAACGUGAACGUAAAUCUAUGGAAAAUCAUAAUAAUUUUAAUAAUGCCAUUUUAGCCAACCGGAAGCGUUUAUCCAGCGAAAUGAAUCAACAGAUAUCACAAAAGGACGGGGCGGGGCUGGGCGGUAAUAAUGGUGGUGGCGGUGGUGGUGGUGGUGGUGGUAUGCUUCAACAUCAUCAAAAGCGUAGUCGUGUUAGUGAAACGCAAAACGAGGAAAACUCGAACAACUCCAGCGAGGCGACUAUUAACACAAUUUCAACCACGAUAACAACAACAACAACAACGACGACGAUGACAACGACAUCAACAACAACAACAACAACAAUUACUAAACAACAGCAACAACAACAACAGCAACAACAGAACAAUUUAAAUCCGGAAGAUAUAUCAGAUAAUAGCAACAGUAAUAGUAAUAGUAACGUGGGCAAUUGUCAGCCAGCCACUGAAGUGGCUUGUUCGUGACCGCCGUCAGCCACAAC